AUGGCACCUACUACCAGAAUCAAGAUCAUCGCCAACCCGCACUAUCAGAAGUCGGGGACCAAAUCGUACGUGUGUGCAAUGCGCAAGUAUGGCUUCUCCCCUACCAAGCCUGGCCCGUACUCUUUCGGCAUCGCCAUGCAUCAGACCGGCCGUCAGUACACCGAUAAGCCUGUCGGUGGCCGUGUUCGUUCUCGCCGGGAGCUGCAGAAGAAAAGCGCCGACGGUGACCAGGUUGGUCAGGUUAGCGCCGAGGAUGUGCAGAACGAUGCCAUGUACCUGGCACAGGUGGGUAUUGGAUCGCCGGCGCAGAACUUGAAUCUGGACUUUGAUACUGGUUCGGCCGAUCUCUGGGUCUGGUCGACUGAGCUGCCAGCUGCGACCUUGUCCCAGUACACGAACCACACGGUCUUCGACCCGUCCAAGUCGAGCACCUUCAAGGACAAGAAGGGCUCAACCUGGAAGAUCUCCUACGGAGAUGGAUCAUCUGCAUCCGGCACGGUGGGCAACGAUAAUGUCGACAUCGGCGGUCUAGUCGUCAAAGGACAGGCCGUCGAGCUUGCAGAAACCAUGUCCGCGCAAUUUGAAAGCGGUGCCGGGGACGGACUACUCGGUCUGGCGUUCAGCAACAUCAACACCGUCAAGCCCCAGCCCGUGAAGACACCCGUCGACAACAUGAUCACGCAGUCCGACAUCCCCAAGUCGGAAUCUCUCUUCACGGCCAAGCUAGGUUCGUGGCGUGAUGCGAACGAGCCCGAUAAGGGAGCGUCUUUCUAUACCUUUGGUUUCAUUGACCAGGACACCGUCAAAGCCGCUGGCGAGGACAUCGUCUACACUCCCGUGGAUAAAAGCCAGGGAUUCUGGAUGUUCAAUUCGACCUCUGCGACGGUGAAUGGCAAAUCGAUUGCUCGCGCUGGAAACACGGCUAUUGCCGAUACGGGCACUACGUUGGCUCUUGUGGAUGAUUCUACAUGCCAGGCUAUUUACGAUGCGAUCCCGGGCGCCGAAUACGACAGUAGCAGCCAGGGAUGGAUCUACCCUAGUAACACGACUGCUGAUAACCUCCCCGUCGUCUCGUUUGCUGUCGGUGAUAACCACUUUGUUGUUCAGAAGGAGGAUCUCGGCUUUGCGGAUGCCAAGUCGGGGUAUGUGUACGGAGGAAUCCAGAGCCGAGGUGAUAUGACUUUUGAUAUCCUUGGUGAUACGUUCCUGAAGGGGAUUUAUGCCGUGUUCGAUGUCGGCAAUACUCGCUUUGGCGCGGUGCAGCGAAAGGAACUUCACCAGAACCUUUCUCCUCCUCCCCAGUAA